AUGUCGACGAUCUCAAUCCCCGAUCAGAACCCGGAGAUCGAUCCACCCGUUGAGAUCUCUCUACUCGAGACUCCGAUUAUUCGACUUAUCUUUUCUACCGCAUAUUUAUUCGUGUUUCUUUCGACUGUGAUAGGCAACGUGGUGAUUCUUUGUGUCUUCGUCUCUCAGCGACGAUUGCGCUCGUUACCGAAAUUUUUCUUGGUCAACUUGACAAUUGCCGAUUUCUUCGUCGGGUGCUUUUGUGUGCUACAAAACGCCGCACAUUUCGUCAUGUUCGAUCAUCGAUGGCCUUUCGGUCGUUUCAUGUGUCACACCUACAUCUACUUGAUACACAUGUUGCCAAACGUUUCCGCGGGAAUCCUGGUGCUCGUAUCAGUUGAGCGAUUCGUGGCAGUGCUGAGACCUUUGCGAGUCCGAAGAGCCUUUCCCCGAUCUGUGCUCAUUGCGAGCUCGGCCGCCGUUUGGUUAACCUCAGCGAUCAUGAAUUUCCCGUAUUUCUUCACGGCGAGACUAUUGGAAUUCACCGAUUUCACGAACGGGCAAAUUUUAUCGUCUUGCACAAGGAAUCUCGGCCUCGAGAUCUAUGGCUUCAAUGUCGUCAAAACGGUCACCACAAUCAAUUUUAUUUUUUGGUAUGCAAUACCGCUCAUUACUCUGCUCAUCAUUUAUGCAACGAUUUUCGCGGUGAUUCGCCGCGCCGAGACCUGUCCCCAGAAUAACAAGCUGAUCCCAGAGAAUACGAAAGCCGAUUGGAGAAGUGGAAGUACGGUGACAGUGGAGAAGAGGAGGAGGGUUGGACGGUUGGCGUUUGGAAUUGUGCUCUCAUUUGCCCUCCUCUCACUCCCGAGAUAUGCUUAUCUCAUUUGGACGACAUUCAGGGAUAGAAAUGAGCCCCGUUGCCUUGGUUGCUGGUUCAAUUUGGCCCAGCCGAUCACUUUUCUUCUUCUCUUUCUCAACUCAGCAAUCAAUCCAUUUCUCUACGCUUUUCUCUCGGCUCGUUUCCGCGAAUCAAUCAAGGAUACAUUCUAUUGUAGACGAGAGAUCGACAAGCGUGUUUUCAUGCGUCAAAUCACUGUCAAAAGAGAACGCCGAGACCUUGCCAUCGAAAUGUCGUGUCGUUUGAAUCGACAACGACGUAAGAAUUCCGAGUACGACACAUUGAACGAUUCCACUCUUCCACAACAGUCAUUUUCCGUUGAUCGAUCGAAAUCCUAUGAAAGAGGCAAAGUGUCGCCUGAUAUUUCUGAU